ACCCACUCCAUGCAAUCGAAUACCGUUCAUGCAAUGAACCUAAACGUUUCGCUUCACAGAAAGGCAACACAGUGUUUAUACCCAAACAACCUAGCCAAGGUCGUUCCAUAAUUUCGUUUAUUCACCGACAUCUGUGCUAUAUUUUGUGCAGAUAGGGGGUUUUUCGGACGCGUGGUUCGACUAGUGACCGUGAUUUGUGCUUAAAAUGGACGUUUUUAGUGAUAUUUGCAGAUUUAUAAACAGAUUUUUGAUGUGAUGGAAAGUUGGACGAUGUCUUGCCGCUCUCCCCUCUUUACUGACCUGUCUACCCAGCUAUGCUCAUAGAAAAUCAUACUUAGCAUGCAGAAUGGUGCCACAUGGACCUUUAAAUUUUUUACUUUGCCUGUCGAUUUUCCUAACACUAACUCUAUCGGCGGAGCAUGAUUUUCGAUAUAUUUCGUUCCAAGAUCUUCAGCAAUCUUUAAACAAAUUUUCACAAGAUGAGGUUGUCUCCUACUCGCAGAUGCUUUUCGACGUGGCCAGGAACCAAGUAUUAGUCGGCGCAAGAGACGUCCUCUUUCGCUUAUCUUUGACGAAACUGGAGCUUUUGGAGUCGGCCGAAUGGCCCGCCUCCACAGACAAACGCAUCGAAUGCAUCAACAAAGGCCAAUCGGACGAGUUUUGCCACAACUACAUCAAAAUUUUGCUAACCAAUGGCAAAAACCUAUUCGUCUGUGGCACGAACGCAUUCUCGCCUCAGUGCUCCACCAGAAAAAUCGAAAAUGUGUCCGACGUUACAGAAUGGGUGGAUGGCUUGGCCAAGUGCCCCUAUAACCCUGCAGCCAACAUCACCGGCUUUAUGUCAGAACGGGGGGAGUACUAUUUUGGCGGACCCACGGAUUUUUCCAGCUCCGAUUUCGUCUUUUCCAAAAAUGUGGGCACGGUCACGAUCAGGACCAAACAGUACAAUAGCUUCUUGCUGAAUGACCCGCAGUUUGUGGGCACUUUUGAGACUGAGAAUUUCGUCUAUUUCUUGUUCAGGGAGACGGCUGUGGAGUACAUGAACUGCGGGAAGACUAUUUAUUCGCGAAUCGCCCGUGUUUGCAAGAAUGAUCCCGGGGGGCACACCAUGUUGAAGGAUAACUGGACGACGUUUUUAAAGGCACGGUUAAACUGUUCGGUCAGUGGCGAAUACCCCUUUUAUUUCGAUGAAAUCCAAAGUAUGGCUUACGUGCCUGAUGAAAACAUGGUCUAUGCCACAUUUACAACACCGAGCAAUAGUAUCGCAGGUUCCGCAAUUUGUGCCUUUAACUUAUCGUCGAUCGAAGCCGCUUUUGCGGGCCCUUUCAAGUACAGGGAAAACAUGGACAGCGCUUGGGGGCAGUACAACGUGCACCACCGCGACCAUUUCAACUGUAAAUCAUCGCCACGAAGCAGCCACCUUUUGGAGACGUCCAAAUACCAGUUAAUGGACAGUGCCGUCCAGGCAACCACUCUAAACCCCUUACACGUCGCCCAAUUGGAACGCUUCACUCAUAUUACAAUCGACGUUCUCUCAACCAAAAUCCACACUUCCGUCCAUGUGAUCUACGUGUCCACAACCACCGGUGUGAUAAAAAAGAUCUCGGUCUUGCCCCGAACCCAGGAGACCUGCGUGGUGGAAAUCUGGCAAACGGUCCAAAACCCCGCCACCCCCGUCAAAAGCAUCCAGUUCCUCAAAGCCACGAAGUCCAUCUACGUGGCGACGGAGCACCAGGUCAUGAAAAUCCCCGCCGAGCACUGCUCCCGCCACACCUCCAAGACCAGCUGCCUCAACGCCAUGGACCCCUACUGCGGCUGGAACGAGCGCUACGAGAACUGCUCGACAGCCCCGAACGCCGACCCCCUGGACAAGUACUGGAAGCAGGCGGUGACCACGUGCCCCAUCCUGGACACCGUCGUCGACGGGGGCUGGUCCUCGUGGUCGCCGUGGGCCCCCUGCGUGCAGCGCAGCGCCCCCGAGUCGGACGCCGACACCUGCCUGUGCCAGGUGCGCGAGUGCAACAACCCGGCCCCCAAGAACGGGGGGCUGCCCUGCGGGGGGCCCGCCAUCGCCGUGACGAACUGCACGGUGCACGGGGGCUGGUCCGUGUGGUCGGCCUGGUCCGCCUGCUCGGCCACCUGCGGCACGGCCGUCAAAACGCGGAGCCGGACCUGCACCAACCCGGCCCCGGCGCACGGCGGGCGCGUCUGCGUGGGGCAGGACAGGACUGAGGCGUUUUGCGACGCGGAGAUACCCCCCUGUCCGGCGAUGCCCCAGGAUGGGGGCUGGGGCGAAUGGAGCGACUGGGGCGACUGUUCGCCCAGUCAUUGCUCCGGGUGUAAGAGGAGGACAAGGGUUUGUAAUAACCCACCCCCGGAAAAUGGGGGGCAGUUUUGUGCCGGGAAUGACGAAGAGUUCAAGUUUGAGUGUCCAGAGCACCGGAAAACCGUCAGUACGCCCUGGAUAAGUCUUACCAACAGCUCCGGGGACUACAAUAAACGGUUCAGGUGCACGUGCAAGGCCCCAGUGAAGAUGUCGUUAAUUAAGGUCGCAAUGAAGGAGGAAGUUUGUAAUAAUGAUAACUGCUUUACGAAAGACAGUGAACAUCCCAAGUGGAGUGCGUGGGGGCCGUGGGGGGAGUGUUCGGUUCAGUGCGGGGGCGGCUUGCAGAAUAGAACGAGAUAUUGUGAAGGGAUCGGCUGCACAGGCCCCUCUGUUCAAACAAGGGAGUGCAAUAAACACCACUGCCGGGAGUGGGGCUGCUGGUCGGAAUGGUCACCCUGCAACGCCUCCUGCGGCUGGGGCGUCAAGACCAGGCACCGGGUCUGCUUAGGCUCGAACUGCUCCGGGCACGACUGGGAGAAGGAGCCCUGCCAGAACGCGCCCUGCGAAUCUGUUCUUGGGUGGAGCAACUGGACUUCGUGGUCCGUGUGCGACAAGAACAAUGAGCAGCACCGCCAACGCCAGUGUCGGACGCUAAAUCCGGGCCCAAACAUGUGCCAAGGGAGCAGCGUUGAAACAAGAAUGUGCAUUCCGGAGCAAUUGAGUGAUGUUGCACGGAUGGCUAGUGAGUCGCCACAACUAGCAUCCCCUGGGGGAGCAAUUCUGUUCCUAUUUUUGGGAAUAGUGAUAGGGCUUGUGUCUGGAGUUGGCGGCACGCACUACUAUCACAAAAAGAGGAGAAUCAAGAUUCCCAGUUCGCCGCAUUACAUGAGCCCUAAGCAGAAUCCCUACAUUACAAUGCCCCUUCAGGACAGGUCGAAGAAACACAGUGCUUCAACGUCGAACAAUCUUUUAAAUAAUGGGACGCUUAAAUCUAAAUAUUGUAGUGAUUACGAGAGUGCAACGCUUAAAAGAAACAGUCACACGUUGAAUAACGGACACGUAAAGCAGGACUUACUUGACGAUGAUAAGUAUUAUUACGACUGAGUUAUUUUGAUAAAUGUGAUAUAUGAAUUUUGUAAGCAGAUGUACCUGUAUAUGCACAUAACAGUGAAACAAUUUGUAAAAUAUUAACAAAGUCUGUAAAUAUCGCCUAAGUUAUGUUAUAACUCACAUUGAGUUAGUAGUGAUGGUUAAUAAAGUUUUUGUAAUU